AUGGUGUUUUUGAAUUUAACUUGUGUUUGCAGAUGGAAAAUUUUCAAUGAACGCAAGUGCUUCUUCUACAAGACCAUGGGUCGUGAUCUUGAGAACAUUGACAUUAGAGUUGUUGGGAGCGGCCAAUGGAGAGUUAUGGAAAAAGGCAAAAAUAUUCCUAUCCCUCGAAACAAUCAGGUGGUUGGGAGGAGGAAUACCCUGAAUUUUUGGGAAUUGCAAGAAGCUCGUGCUAGGAGGACCAAUUGGGUGAUGCAUGAGUUUCGUCUUGUGUUGAUUGCUAACCCAUCUAAGAUGGCAAACUGGGCUAUUUAUCGCAUCUUCAAUAGUAAGGAUGCAAAUAAGGUGAAGAAUGCAAGAUGA